AUGGAAUAUGUCGGCAAAGACGCAACGGACUUCGACCGUGUCGACGAUGAAGUCGCCAAGUAUACCAGCAACGUUCGCAUCGAUAUUGAUGAAGCGACCAACAAACGCCUGAGAAGGCUGAUCGAUCGACGAGUAUUGGCUAUCAUGAUCUUCACCUAUUUUCUCCAGGCUUUGGACAAAGGGACGCUGUCUUUUGCGUCCAUCAUGGGGAUUCAAAAGGAUACUGGGCUUGUUGGACAACAAUACUCGUGGUUGACAACUUGUAUCUACAUUGCGGUGCUCAUUGUGGAGUACCCUACCAAUUGGAUAAUCCAACGAGUUCCCAUCGCUAAAUAUCUGUCGAUCAAUAUCAUGCUGUGGGGCAUGACUUUGAUGCUUCAUGCUGCCUGCAAGAAAUUUGCAAGUCUGGUGGCUGUUCGAACACUGUUGGGAAUAUUCGAAGCAUGCUGUCAGCCAUCAUUUGUAAUUUUGUCAAGUAUGUGGUAUCUGAGAGAUGAACAAGCGGCAACUGUAUCAUUUUGGUACAUGAUGAACGGUGCUCAGCAAGUCGUCGGAGGUCUCCUUGCUUACUGUUUUACCCUUCUUCACUCCGGUCCUCUCAAAUCUUGGCAAGCACUUUUCAUCUCCUACGGCGGCGUCGCUGUACUUUGGGGGGUCUUCGUACUCUUUUGGAUGCCAGAUUCUCCAAUGAGAGCAAAGUGCUUCAGUGAGGAGGACAAACGACUGAUGGUCGAACGAGUUCGUGCCAACCAGACAGGUGUGCAGAAUAAGACAUUCAAAAGAGAGCAGAUGAUCGAGGCGUUCAAGGAUCCUCAGACUUGGUGCUACUGCGGUAUCGCCAUCACCACGACCCUUCCUACUAGUGGACUUGGAGCGUUUGCCAAUAUCAUCAUUACUGGAUUCAACUUCACUGUUCUUCAAACUCAACUACUUGCCAUGGUUCUCGGAUUCUACAUCAUUAUUGUGCUUCUGUCAUCGGCUUGGCUGGUGAAGAAGACUGGUCAGAAUCUGCUUUUCAUGCUCAUAUUUCUCAUUCCUUCGUUCGUAGGCACAAUUGUUCUCAUGACCGUUCGAAACACAAGCAGAGCCCAUCAGAUCGGGUUGCUCAUUAGCUAUUACCUAACAUUGUCAUUUUGGUCUGCUCAAACAUUAGCUCUAUCCAUGAUCUCAAGGAACAUCGCCGGCCAGACCAAGAAAGCAACAGUGGUCGCAACCAACUUUGUUGCCUGGGCAGUGGGGAAUGCAAUCGGCCCUCAAGUGUUCCUCAAAUGGAAUGCCCCUCGCUACCUCAUUGCAUUCACAGUCCAUCUCGUUUGCUACAGUCUUCUAGUCGUAGUCCUUGUCUUUCUUCGCUGGUAUCUGCGGCGGCAGAAUGUAAAGAAGGAUGAUUUGGCUUUGGCUGGUAUUCAGGAAGCGCAGGACCAGCAGUACGUCCAUGCGUUUGAGGAUAUGACGGACAAGGAAAAUCCGAACUUCAGAUACGUCUUCUAG